AUGGGUGAGAAUGAGUUAGCAGAAGGCGAUGAACCCGAUCGUCAACUGCAGCCUUUCGAGGAUGACUUCGACAUGCAGGACGAUGUUGAUGUUAGCCAAGCUCUGGAGCCGACCAGAGCUCAGAAACAGGCUUAUCCCUAUCCUUUUCAAGCUCAAGAUUUGAUUCCAAUGAUGCAGAUGGCUUCAACUCAGAGCUCAGCAGCAGCAAGCAUUCCAGCAUCCUCGUCACCGUCAAGGAGGACCUUGACCAGUUCCAUGCCCCCUAGUGCCUUGUCCAGGCAGAGUUCAAUGGCUAAGGAGAAGGUGGUGUUGGAGGAGAGCAAGCUUCCAGCUGUUGUUGAGGAGCCUAGCAUUGAUGAGACUGCGCAGAAGGAUCCAAUCCCAGCAGACCCCUCAGAAGGAGAGAUCACCAAAGAGGAGACCAUUUGUGCCGUUGCCACGGUGCUGAACUAUGGCCAGGGAAUCUUCGAGGGAUUGAAGGCCUUUCGCACUUCCAAAGGCCGGACCGUGCUCUUCCGGCCCGAGAAGAAUGCCCAGCGUAUGGCGAGUGGUGCUGAGAGGUUCCUGAUGCCGCCAGUGCCCAAAGAGCUCUUCCUGGAGAUGUGUUAUGAAGCGGUUCGUGCGAAUGCAGAUUGGGUCCCGCCUGAAGGCAAAGGUUCUUUAUACCUCCGUCCGCUGUUGAUGGGCAGUGGCGCUGCCUUGGGCGUGGGCCCGAGUCCGGAGUUCACCUUCGUGAUCUACGUGGCACCCGUGGGCAGCUACUUCUCCGGCGGCGGAGCACGACUUCGAGUGGAGACGAGCCACCAUCGUGCGGCCGAUUUAGGGGUGGGCUACGUCAAGGCCGCGGGGAACUACGCGCCCUGCUUUCAGCCGCAGAAAGAUGCCAAAGAGAAAGGCUUCUCGGACGUCCUCUACUUGGACCCCAGUGGGAAGCGGGUCGAAGAGGCGGCCGCGAGCAACUUCUUUUGCGUCACCAAGGACGGCAAGCUGAAGACUCCAGCCUUGGGGACCAUUCUGGCUGGAGUCACCCGAGAUUCGAUCUUGCAACUGGCGAGGCGUUUGGCCACGCAGAGCGACUUGAUCAACUCCGUGGAGGAGACGAGCAUCACCUUGGAUGAGAUCCUCCAGGCCAAAGAAGCCUUCGUCACUGGCACGGCGGCGGCGGUGACGCCCGUGGGGCAUGUGGCCUCUGUGCUUUGCCAAGACUGA